AGGGCAGCCCAGGCGGACGCGCUUCGAGGGUCGAGGGCCCGCGCCGUGGGCCGGCGAGGUGCGGGCCCCCCACUCGCCCCCCUUAGGGGACGGCCGACCUUGCACGUCUCCCGCGAACCAGAAAGCACCUCGAACAGUUAGCACCGCGGUGCUCUCCUGUCGCUUCUUGCCCUUCUGGUUUUCAUCAAGUAAAAGCAAAGUUUUAAGACAAGCCAGAAACAGGAGGAAUUUGCUGUCUUCCCCGCCUGGCCAAAUGGAAAGAUGUUAGAGAAGCUACGGCAGUUCAGAGGGUUCCCGUCACCCUGCACACACAUCUCCCAGGGGUUAACGCGAGUGUGAGUUUCGAAGCUUGGGAACCUGCGUCUCCUCUCUCAAAGCGCUUCGAGCGGCGGUGCUGACGGUGGAUGAAGGUCCGCGAGGCGGACGCGCGCCAUGGCCGGGAAGAGACCGUCGGGCCUGGGCCAGCAGCGCUGGCUCCUGGGGCUGCUGGUGGCGGUGGCCGCCGUCCACCUGGUCGCCUGCCCCUACACCAAAGUGGAGGAGAGCUUCAACCUGCAGGCCGUGCACGACCUGCUCUACCACCAGCUGGACGUGCAGAAGUUUGACCAUCUCGAGUUCCCUGGCGUGGUCCCCAGGACGUUCCUCGGGCCCCUGGUGAUCGCGGCGCUCUCCAGCCCCGCGGUGUACGUGCUCUCACUGUUGGAAAUGUCCAAGUUCUAUUCUCAGCUGAUAGUCAGGGCCGUCCUUGGACUUGGCGUGAUUUUUGGACUCUGGACUUUACAAAAAGAAGUGAGGCGGCAGUUUGGGGCCACGGUGGCCACCCUGUUCUGCUGGCUGACGGCCUCACAGUUCCACCUGAUGUUCUACUGCACGCGGACACUCCCGAACGUGCUGGCCCUGCCGGUGGGAAAGCGUAAACGGCCUGCCUCGCGGCCGUGCCUUGCAGUCCUGCUGGCCCUCGCAGCCUGGCUGCAGCAGAAGUGGGCGCGCUUCAUCCGGCUCUCGGCCUUCGCCAUCCUGGUCUUCAGAGCCGAGCUGAGCCUGCUCCUGGGCCCGGCGCUGCUGCUGCCGCUCUGCUGGCGGAAGGUCUCGGUGGCCAGGGCCUUGCGCUGCGCCGUGCCAGCCGGUAUCCUCUGCUUAGGACUGACGGUGGCCGUGGACUCCUAUUUUUGGCGCUGCCUCGUGUGGCCAGAAGGAAAGGUGCUCUGGUACAACACCGUCCUGAAUAAGAGUUCCAACUGGGGCACCUCGCCGCUGCUCUGGUACUUCUACUCGGCGCUGCCCCGCGGCCUGGGCUGCAGCCUGUUCUUCGUGCCCCUGGGCGCCGUGGACAGAAGGGCCCUGGCGCUGCUCCUGCCGGCUCUGGGCUUCGUGGCUCUGUACUCGCUCCUCCCGCACAAGGAGCUGCGCUUCGUCAUGUACGCCUUUCCCCUGCUCAACGUCGUGGCCGCCAGGGGCUGCGCCCGCGUGCUGAAUAAUUACAAGAAGUCUUGGCUGUACAGAGUGGGGUCCCUCCUCGUGAUAGGACAUCUCAUGGUGAAUGCCGCAUACUCGGCCGCGGGCCUGUACGUGUCCCACUUCAACUACCCCGGCGGCGUGGCGAUGCAGAGGCUGCACGAGCUGGUGCCCCCCCGCACAGAGGUCGUGCUGCACAUUGACGUGGCCGCUGCCCAGACAGGAGUCUCCCGGUUUCUGGAAGUCAACAGUGCCUGGAGGUAUGAGAAGACGGAGGACGUGCAGCCCGGCUCAGAUCGCAUGCUGGCCUACACGCACCUCCUCAUGGAGGCCGCCCCCAGGCAGCUGGGCCUCUAUCGGGACACGCACCGGGUCUUGGCCAGCGUCCCAGGCACCACCGGGCUGAGUCUGAACCUGACCAGACUGCCUCCCUUUGACGUGAACCUGCAGACGAAGCUGGUGCUUCUGGAGCGGCUCCUCGGGUCUCCCUGAGGACCACCAUUGUCCUCUAGGAACGCCAGCGCCCCGCCAGCCUCCUGACGGACCAGGCGGGGAGCGCGCAGAGGACCGCUGGUGUGCCCUCACGGGGGCCCGUCCUCAGCCACACCCGGGGUCCCCGCGUCCGCUCUGCCCGCCCCGCGCCACCGCCCGGGUGACGGUGGGCGGGACGUUGCCUCCCGUCCAGACCGAGUGCUGUUCGCAGCAGCGGGCCGUGGACCCGGCCCCGCGGAGCUGCCUCUGGGCCUCGGGUCGUGGCCUCUGCGCCUGAGAGGGGGCAGCGUCUGCGCAGGAGCUCAGCGUGCGGGGCGCGCCCCACCUCCUCGUGGGCUCAGCGUCCCCCUUUCAGAGGAGGCUUUAGGAGGUAAACGUGUUCAGAAAGAACGACAAUAAAACUGCGCGUGCCUCCUCGCCCAUCCUCUGUGCGGCCCGCAGGGACUGCCUGCCCCUGGGCUCCAGCGGCCGGCGCGUUGCCACCGGCUGAGCGGCGUUCAUCGCGUUCCUGCGGAGCGUCCGACUCCGCCGGGCGCGCGUGCGUGGACGGGCAGGCUUUCCUGAGCCGCCCCGGAGCGAGCCGCCCUGAGCGCCACGGGGUCCCGGGAAGGGGGCGGGGGCUCCCCCACCUUUAGGCGCUGUGUGCCCCCCCGAAGCGCCCGCCGGCCGGGUGGCUGCUCCCCGCGCGCCCCGACCGCGCCGCCGCGGUUACCCCUGCUGCGGAGGGCCGCCGGCCGCCGCGCCCGCCCGCCCGCUUCCCGCGCGCGGCUGUUGCUCCUCCGUUAUCUGCGGCUCUCCGUGUUCAGCUGCGGCCCUGCUCCUCAGCCUGCACGCGAGGCCUGCGGCUGCACCUCCACAGGCUGUGAGCCGCCCCGUCGCCUGCCUUGGUGUUCAAGUUGCAGAUUCACCUGGGGAGCCGGUCAAGACGUGCUGUCCCAGCCACGUGCGCUGUCGUUAAUGUUUUGAGCGCUUCCCCGCUUCCUGGCGUAAGGCGUCCCCCCCAGGCUCCUCGAGCCUCUGUGUCUGCCCCGGCGUCGGCUGCUCAGAGGGCCCAGGCUCCUUCCGGCAGGGGCUGGCUUUAGAGACGAGGUCUGGGUGCAGGGUGCUCAUUGCCACCAGCAUGCCUGUGUUCCUAGGCCCCGUCUGCAGAGAGAGCGAGGCCAGGCACGCCUGCAUGUGCGCACACGAGUAUACACGUGCACCGGUGUGAGCUCACAACACCGUGCCAGCACCUCUAGUUCCACUGUCUCUGGGGGUCUGUUCACCUCCCUCAUUCCCUACAUGUCCUGUCUUCCGCGGUGAGAAUCCUGACCUCAACAAGGUCAACGUGCCCUUGACCCUUGAGCAGUGCGGCGCCCACCCCCACACAGCUGGAAAUCUGCAUAUAACUUCUGACUGCCCUGAAGCUUGAUUACUAAUAGCUUCUGUUGACUGGAAGCCUUACUGAUAACAUGAAGUUGGUAACACAUGUUGGGUUGGCCAAAAAAUUCAUUUGGAUUUUUCCAUAAAAUCUUAUGGAAAAACUCAAAUGAUCUUCCUGGCCAAUCCAAUAUUUUGUGUUAUAUGUUAUAUAUACCGUAUUCUUCCAUUAUGUAAGCUAGAAAAAAGAAAAUCAGGGAGGGCCGUCUGUGGUGACGCAGUGGUGAAGGAUCCGCCUGCCAACACAGGGGACACGGACUCAAUCCCUGGUCCAGGAAGAUCCCACAUGCCGCAGAGCAGCUGAGCCCGUGCGCCACAACUGCUGAGCCUGCGCGCUCGAGCCCACGCUCCGCAACAAGAGAAACCACCGCAGUGAGAACCCUGCACACUAGAGGAAGCCCGGGCGCAGCAACGAAGACCCAACACAGACAAAAAUAAACAAUAAUUCUUUAAAAAGUUAAAAAAAAAAAAGUCAUAGGGACUUCCCUGGCAGUCCAGUGGUUAGGACUCUGCCCUUCCAAUGCUGGGAGCCCGGGUUCGAUCCCUGACUGAGAAACAGGUCCCACAAUCCGAGUGGUAAGGGAAAAAAAAAAAGGAUACAAGAAGGAAGGAAGGUCGUAAAGAAGAGGACAUGCACGGUGCUAUGCUGUAUUUAUCAGUGCUGUGAGCUUUCGUCAUGUUUCCAAGACGACUCGUCUCUCAGUACCUGCGUCAGUAUUGUCUUAGAUGAUACGAGACGCCAUCGAUGUCCCACACGUUACCAAUACUAGACAUCAGUAAUGAAGAGAGAAUGUGGAAGAGAACUUCACAGGGGUGUGCGGGUGCAGGGCUUGUGUGCUGGGAGUGAAGCAGCUGCAGUACAGAUGCUUUACAGUCACCCAAUGUAACCGCAGGUCACUUCCAGGUAGCCCCGCCUAGACACCAGUGCAUGGGCCGUGAUAACGUUUUUAUUGCAUAUAGCAGGGGACUCCAAACCCUGGGCCGCAGACUGGUACCGGUCCACAGCCCUUAGGAACUGGGCCGCACAGCAGGUGAGCGGCGGGCAGGCCAGCGAAGCUUCAUCUGCCGCCCCGAUCACUCCCUGUCGCUUGCGUUACUGCCUGAACCAUCCCCCCUGACCCCUGUCCGUGGAAACUGUCUUGCACGAAAUGGGUCCCUGGUGCCAAAGAGGUUGGGGACUGCUAGUGUGUAGCAUUGCAGUCUGUUCAUAAUACAGUAUCAGGAACACUUACAUUAAAAAAAAACACCUAUGAUGAUAGACUUACACAGUUUCUCCAGUUAAGACAGACUGCCCUAAUGUAAUUCUUUGAAAGCAAAGUUAUAAAAGGGAAAACCAACGUUAUUAAUUUCAUAGUAUCACUCCCCUUACGCCUGUAUGAGGACAGAUGAUCCACUUCGAUACAAGUCUUGUACAGGAUGUACAAUGGUUAGAUAUUCGCAUUAAGACACAACCCAGAGGUCUGUGAACUGAACGUGAGGACGAUGACUUCCCUGAGCGGAGGUGGGUCAUCGUGAAGGGCUGCAGCCUCAUCGCCCUCCCGCUGGGGAGAUGGGGGAGGGGGGGUCUUGCUGUCUCAGGUGGCAGGGGUGGGGGGUGGGGGGUGGAAGGGGCGGAAAGCACGCUUGGUGAAGGUGAACUUUACAGAAAUACGUCAUCAUUUCUGCCUGCCUUUUUUUUGCUUUCUCCUUUCUCUAAAAGUGUUUCUAUAUGGUACCAAUCCUUCCAGCAUUUUCUUUAGUGCCCGUACCAGGGAAGGACCCGUCUUGUAAGAGGAGGCAGCAGCCCUGAGCGGCCGGAAGCCUCUGCCAGUUGUCUGGUGCCAGCGUGUCCUGGCGCCACGCCUGCGUCGUCUUCCUCAUCGUCUGCCCCUGGCUCCGGAGCUCUCAUCUCCAGCAGGUCCCCUUGUGUGAGUUCCCCUGGUGUGGUGGCUGUUAGCCCUUGGUUUUUCUUAGGCUGCGCCGUGGCUUGUGGGACCUUAGGUCCCUGACCAGGGAGGGAACCCGUGCCCCCUGCAUUGGGCGCGCAGAGUCCUGGCCACUGGGCCACUGGGGACGUCCCAGCCCUUGAAUGUCUUAAAGACCCACAUCUCAGAACUGUUCACCCCUCACUGGCCCACAGUCCGUCAUGAUUUCCUUGAUGGGCUCUGUCGUAAAUCCUGUGAAGCCACGCACAGCCUCAGGACACAUUUCUUUUUUUUUUUUUAACAACAAUGGCAUCAUCAAUGGUGUGACCCUCCCAGACUCUCACGAUGGCCUCUCCAUCAGGGCUUUCUUCCACAGCAUCGACCAUCCUUUCCACAUAGUGUCGUGUGGCACGAGCCCUAAAGGUCCUCGCGGCCCCCCGAUCUAGAGGCUGAAUGAGAGACGCGGUGUCUGGGGGCAGGCAGACCACCGCCGCGCCUUCGCUGUUGAGCUCGUGGGGUUCCGGGCGUUGCCCGGCACCUGAAGAACGGCAGAAGGCCGUCCCUUCCCGACAGGGGCUUCCUGGGUUCAGGGACACGGCAUCGAUGGGGCCAACCCAGGCCCUCUUGAUGUCCCACCAAAGGACUGGCAGCUGCCGCCCAUCCGCUCCCGUCAGGCCUUGGGGUCAGCAGCCUUACGGACGGAGGCAGCCCUGGCCCUAACCCCGACUGCGCCCGUACAGAACCGCAGGGCCAGCCCGUCCCUCCCUGCUGCUCGCUGCUCCUCACUAACAACUGUCCUUUGUGGCACGUCCCCCCCAGAACAGGGCAGUUUCAUCUGCAUUAAGCAUUUGUCCGGCAGAUGUGCUUUCUCUGCAGUGAUCUGAACGGCGUCUGAGAACGCGAAGGCUGCCUCGUGGAGGACAGAUGCUGCCUCUCCUGUUACCUUGACAUUGUUAAAGCCAAACCUCUUUCUAAAAUCAUCAAACCCUCCUUUGCUGGCAUUCAGUUCUCCAGCUUUACCCCGUUCUGCUUUACGUUGUCAUAGGAUGCCUUUGCUUUUUCUCGAAUGACAUCAAUAGCACAGGUACGCCUUUCUCACGGCAAUCCUGCACCCGCAUAAAAGCUGCUUUUCCAAAUCAAAAUAAAAAGGUAUUUCACAGGAAGUGCGAGGUUUUCAUGCCUGCUGGUGUAGCUGCAGUGACAGCGUCACAAAUUUCCUCUUCUCUUACGACGGUCCUGGUGCUGGAUGCGUUCACCUUGAAGGCGAGGCGGCUGCAGCGGCAGACCUCCCUCCGCGAUGCACACCAAGCCAUCCCGCUUUUCUCCUCGUGCUGCCUUCUCUCUGCGUCUCGGCGCGCGAGCAGCAGCACUGCCGGGGCGCUCGCGGGUCCUCUGGGGGUGGUCAAGCUUCACAGUGUUGCACUAAAUACAAUGAAAAGUCCACAAGAACCAGGGGAGACGGCGGUUUACUGGAGAGACCACCUGCUCCGGCGGCCUUGCAGGAGGGUGCGGGGAACACGCGCUCCAGGAGGGGCCGCCGCGUUGCUGCUGUGGGUGCGGGAGUUACUGGUGCAUCCUCACGUCUGCUUCCAGGCCUCUGCACGUCAGGCCAGGCCGUGUGCGCUGUGUCGUGCGUGUGCCUCAGCUUUGAUCGAUUUUGGCUUUAUGUAAUAAAUUUGCGUAUGUUUUAUGGUAGUAAGUGAUAAAAUAGACAAUAUCUA